CCCCUGUUUAUAACUACACUGCUUACAUUAAUUCAUUAAUGUACCUAAAAAGUUUACUAACAACCCUGUUUUAUUAGGCUAUGCUUUGUCUUUGUGUUGUCCUGUGAUGUUGCAACUGUGUGCUUUGUUUUAGAUAAACCCGCUUCGAGUCUCACAGACAGCAGUAAGGGUCAAAAUUGUAUUUGAAAUAAAUCCACUCCUCCCGUGUAGAGGCGACCUACGUGACAUUACGGAAUUGUGAAAGAUACAGAACAAGCAAUAAAUAAAGAGAAGAAGAAGAAGGGCAUUACUGUUCUUUAUUUUAGUAGUAAGUGGUAAAAGGAUGGGACGAAAAAUACCAGCAAAGAAGCACCGUGGUGUCAAAGAUCCCUUGCAGCAACAGGCUAGACGUCUGCAAAGUAUACAGAGCAAGAUCAACGCGCCGCCGCGCGAUCCAGACGAGCAGCCCGUGCCGCGUUCGCUCACGCGUCUCUUCCAGUUGCCAGACCCUCGCAAGCCAAAGUCUCCUCGAAACAGACAUCAACGGCCAAUUGAGAAGAAGGGCGCCACAGGUGGCAAGGAUGCCGCGAGGGGGGUUCGCGGACUUAAGCGUGCUCCAGGCGAAAGCGCGCGCGACUUUUCGCGACGCAUCACGGGCGCUGUACGCGCUUUGCACGACCCGCUGCCAGAACACUACCCCGGUGGGGAGGACGACGAUGAAGAAGGCGUGGAGGACAAAGGCGCACGACGGCGCAAGCGUAAACAGAAACAGCAGCAGCAGAAGGGAGAAGAGCAGCCUGCCGACCGACAGACGCGUGCUCAGCGACGACGGCAGAAGAUGCAGCUAAAGAAGAAGGAGAAACAGGCUGCGUCGACGGCGGAACUUCGUGAAGUGCAGUUCGAGCGUGUGCCGUUCGGCGCGGUGGCCGACGCGCCGCCCGUGCUGACCGCGCCGCGCCGCGCCAAAGCCGCCGCCGCGGCGCCGAGGCCGGGCCAGCGCGGGCUGCUGCUAAGUGCGAUGCUGCGCGCGCCGGCUGCCGCCGAAGCCGCCGAGCGCCAGCGGCUGGCCGCCGUCGCCGCCUAUCGCGCUCUCAAAAUUAGUCGACGCGGAAAGACGAAAACUACGUCGUGAUAAUAGAAAAGAAUCGUACAUCGCAGUAACGAAUGAAGUGGGCAAGUGUCACACCCGUCUGAUGUACACAGCGUGCGUGCGUUUUUAACCAAACUUUCCGUAUAUGAAGGGGAAAUGGGUGGGUGCUAAUGACAAGUGCUGUGAUGUAAUACGUGCUGUGAACUUUCGAUUUAGUGUCAAUACUGAACAC